CACACAUACACACACUCACACACACACACACAAACACACUUCUUCAGACUAGCCGUCACUUCAAACACUCCAGAGAAGCUACCGCGACCAACACACAGACACACACUCAGACUCGCGCAUCUGGACCAGAAGCCUGCUCGGUGCCCUUUGGUGUGUGAAGAUGAAGAGCCCUCGAACCCUCCUCACCGCCCUGCCUCUCUGGAUGUGCUUCGGACAAGCAGCGGCCAUCUCUGAGCCCCAGAUCUGCUACAUUCUGGACAGCAUCCUCUUCCUCUACGGCCUCACCCUCACCAUACUGUACUGCAGACUCAAGUGGAUGCAGCAGAACGAGACCGUCUAUCCUGUGAAGAAGGAGUCGGAGAACAUCUAUCAGCCUCUUACUGCAGAUGGGGUCGCCGGCUGGCCUAUUCACUAUUUGCUGAAAAUACUCAACUACAUCAUAACAACAUCGGGUCUGGGCACGCGCAAUGAGGACACCUACGAAACCAUCCAGAUGAAGAAAGGAGUGCAUUAGAUACUGCUGAGGGGGAUGGAGAAGGAGAGAUGGAGAGAGGGAUGGGGGCAUGGGGGAGAGAGAGGAGACGAGAGGAAGAUGGCCAGAGGACAAAAGAGAGGAGAGGGAGAUAGAUAGAAAGGCCGGUAUAGAUGGGAUGGGAAGGAUGGAGGGGGAAGAGAGAGAGGGAGGGAGAGGGGGAGAUAGGGGCAGGGGGAGAGGGAGAGAUUUUUUUUUCAUCCAGCUUUAAAAAAUUGCCUAUCCUUUUUUUCUUACAUACAUUAGAUGUUGAAUAGAACAAUGUUGUUAGUGUGUGUAUGCGCGUGCAUGUAUGUUUGUAUGUGUGUCAGUGUGAGUAUUUAUGAGGUAGGUCCCAUUUGAAGAGGUCAGAUGUUGAGGUGUGUGUGUGUGUGUGUGUGUGUGUGUGUGUGUGUGUGUGUGUGUGUGUGUGUGUGUGUGUGUGUGUGUGUGUGUGUGUGUGUGUGUGUGUGUGUGUGUGUGUGUGUGUGUGUGUGUGUGUGUGUGAGAGAGAGCGAUCAUUUAAUAUAUAAACAAAAUGACUUAUUUCAUCCUUUUUUUCGUGGAAUUGAGAGUUUAUAUUGCAUCAUUAACAUCACUGCUUAUGAAUUACGUGUACAUGACUGUAAUCUUAACAACCCUGUAAACUUCUGAAAUAUUAUCUGCCAUGUUUGAUUCUUAUAUGUUUGAUGAUUUGAUAUUUUUCAAAAUAAACAAAUUCUGAAAU